UACAACUCCCGGCGGCCCCUGCGGCUUCCGGUCGGCAAGAUGGUGGCGCGCAGGAGGAAGCGUGCGGCUGGGACCUCUGAGACGGAGAUUCUGAGCCCGCCGGGCUACUCAGCCAUUCCAGUCAAGUUCUCUGAAAAGCAGCAGUCUUCUCAUUACCUCUACAUAAGACAGCACAGAGUUCGAGAAGAUACUAAGUCUUCCUGGCCUCAGAAGCGGACCCUUUUUGUCCUCAAUGUGCCUCCAUACUGCACAGAGGAGUGCCUGUCCCGCCUCCUCUCCCCCUGCGGCCCUGUGCAGUCUGUGGAGUUACAGGAGAAGCCGGACCUUGCUGAGAGCCCAAAGGAGCCAAAGUCAAGGUUUUUUUACCCCAAGCCAGUUCCGGGGUUCCAGGUGGCCUAUGUGGUGUUCCAGAAGCCAGGUGGGGUGUCAGCUGCCCUGGCACUGAAGGGCCCUUUGCUGGUCUCGACAGAGAGUCACCCUGUGAAGAGUGGCAUUCACAAGUGGAUCAGAGACUACGCAGACUCGGUGCCGGACCCCGAGGCCCUGAGGGUGGAAGUGGACACGUUCAUGGAGACGUACGACAAGAAGAUAGCUGAGGAGGAAGCUAAGGCCAAGGAAGAGGAAGGGGUCCCCGAUGAGGAGGGCUGGGUGAAGGUGACCCGCCGCGGCCGGCGGCCUGUGCUCCCGCGGACCGAGGCGGCCAGCCUGCGGGUGCUGGAGAAGGAGAGGCGGAAGCGGGCUCGCAAGGAACUGCUCAACUUCUACGCCUGGCAGCACCGCGAGACCAAGAUGGAGCAUCUAGCGCAGCUGCGCAAGAAGUUUGAGGAGGACAAGCAGAGGAUUGAGCUGAUGCGGGCCCAGCGCAAAUUCCGACCCUACUGAGCCUUACUGGCCGAGGGCGCUGGGGAGAGGGCUGGUGAGCAGGUGGCAGCGUGCGGCCAGCGAGGACACGAGGAUCUGAAACUCUCAUCACAGAGGCUAUGCCCGGGCCGAUGGGCCACCGUGUCAAACAGCCCCAGAGAUCUGAGCCUGGGCAGGGUUGGGUGAAAGGCAGUGUCCCCCCCUCGGUUCCUGUACUCGAGCAGUCCUGGGGCCCAGCACCGGCGCGGCCUGCCCAGCACAAGGACUUGGCCUCAGGAAGCCACUGGCCCAGGAAGUGGCUCCUUCCCUCCCCUGAGCUCUGUUCCCAGCCGGUCUCUGGACUUCCCUCUCAGGGCUAAGUGUCUGCUAUAUUCUCCCCUUUCCCCAGUGGAGAAGCCCCUGCAGGCAGUGAGAAUACAAGGGCAUUUUAUUUUUCAUUCA